CGUGCGCCAGCAGCAUCGAUGCUAGUUGUGAACACACAUGCUCAGAAGGUUGUUUCUGUGAUGAGGGAUUUGUGAGGAGUGGAGGACUCUGUGUACCAGUGGAGCAGUGUGGCUGCUUGUAUGAUGGAUUCUACUAUCAUAUUGGUGAACAGUUCUGGGAUUCAACAUGUUCCCAACGCUGUCAGUGUUUCGCUCCGAAUGAUCUACGCUGCACUGCAUCUUUCUGCCCAGCGGCCAUGGAGUGUGCGGUCAGAAGUGGACGUCGUGAUUGCUAUAGUACAAUGUCCACGUGCACAGUCUGGGGCGACCCCCACUACAUCACCUUUGAUGGGGCUUUGGCCCACUUUCAGGGAACGUGUUCAUAUGAGAUUGCCCAGACCUGCGGUAACAUUACAGACAGUGAUCUGGAGUUCCGUGUGGUGGCCACCAACAGGCACCGGGGGAACAUGGUAGUGUCAUUUGUUUCUGCAGUGGAUGUUUGGUUGUCACAACAUGGACAACAGACACACAUCACUAUUGGGCAGAACAGGAGAGUUAAAGUUGAUGGAAAUCCUAUUGGCACACCAGCUUAUCAAAUCAAUGAUCUUGUAGAGGUACAUGAGGAGCAGGGAUUUGUAAUUCUAAAUGCAUUCAAUGAAUUCAUUGUCCAUUUUGAUGGACAUAACAGCCUUCUAGUCAGAGUGAGUGAAAGAUUCUUUGGAUCUCUCUGUGGAAUGUGUGGAAAUUUCAAUGGUAAUCCUGCGGAUGACAAAGUGUUGCCCAGUGGAGAACUCGCCUCUGAUGACAUUUCCUUUGGCCAGAGCUGGAAAUCAGACACCAGCGUUCUAGGCUGCGGUACCAGAGACCAGCCCGGUAAUGCUGAUGAGUGUCCAUCCAGGCAGAGGUAUUCUGAUCUCUGUAGUAUUAUCACCAACACCACUGGCCCCUUCCAGAACUGCCAUCUUCAUGUUGACCCUGCACCUUACUACUACUCAUGUGUGUAUGAUCUGUGUCUCUACACACGUGCCAAUGGCAUGCUAUGCUCAGCUGUUGAAGCCUAUGAGACAGCUUGUGCCAUCUUGGGGACACAGAUCUCAGAAUGGCGUUCGGGUCUGCGGUGUGAUGUGAGAGAUCGCUGUUCUGAGCUCAGCUGCUCUGAGGAUGAAUGGUGUGGGAAGAAAAAUGGUGUUUAUGGCUGUUUAUGUAACGACGACCAACCCAAACCAGAACCUGACUCUUUUGAUUCCUUAGAAACCUGUGAAAGCAGCUCUGGCUCCAUGUCUGUGUCUCGCUGUCAGCUCUUUGAGGCUGGUUUUCCAGCUGAUGUCUUACACCUCAAUGAUCCCAGCUGCAAAGGAACAGUCCGGAAUGGAAGAGUGGAAUUCCAUUUUGAUAAUGAUGAACACAUCUGUGGUACAAAUCUUGUGGCAAACGGCACCCACUUCAUCUAUGAUAACUUGAUUCUGGGGACACCGAGGUCAGAAGGUCUCAUCAGCAGAGAGAAGAUCCUGAAGCUUUCUUUCAGCUGUGUUUAUCCUCAAACACAAACACUUUCCAUGAAUGUGGAAAUCAACCCACUGGAGAGCGUUGUGCACAAGACUCUUCCUGCUGGUGAAGGCAGAUAUCGUGUCCGGAUGAUUCCAUAUCAGGAUGAUGAGUUUACCCGGCCCUUCACUGGUGCAGUGGAUGCAGAGCUCAACCAGGAGAUGCAUGUGGAAGUUCGUGUUGAGGGGGUCGACAGCCGCCAGUUUGCCCUGGUGUUGGACACGUGUUGGGCUACACCUGUGAAUGAUCCUGAUUACAGCCUCCGCUGGGAUCUCAUCGUUAACGAGUGUCCCAAUCCAAAUGACGACACAGUGGAGCUGCUGCAGAACGGCGUCUCGACAUCCAGCCGUUUCUCCUUCAGGAUGUUCAUCUUCACUGCAAACUCCACUAAGCUUUACCUGCACUGUGCUGUUCACCUUUGCCUUCUGUCAAGCAAUCGCUGCUCAAUGGACUGUGACUCUGGACACCAGCGGAGAGAGGGCAGGUCUCUGGACUUCCAUGACAGUGCUUCCAUAUCCAUGGGUCCUCUGAUGUUGUCUGAAGGGAACACAGAUAAGUGGGUCCCAGACCAAGUGAAGGUAUCUGAGGCUUCUUGUCUGUGUGGUUCUCUGAUGGUGCUUCUUGUUCCUCUGAUGAGUGUCCUGACAGUCUUUUAGUUUAUUUCCACAACAUUUUACAUGCAUAUUGUUUAGAGUCAUUUUAAUUAAUGUUGAACACAAUGUUGAUGCCACAGUGGUUGUGGGUUUCUAAACGUUUCUUAAUUUCAUAACUGAUAUUUUAUGUGGCAUAAAAAAAAAGACUUGUUUAAUCAUUUACGUUAAUUUUUAUAUUGUACAUUCAUUGUGUACUACUUGCAAGGAUGUGCUGCAAAACAAUGAUCAUCAGAUUUAUUCAAAUCAUGCAAAAACAUAACUGGGUCAUUUCUGUUCUGUGGAAAUCUGAUAUUAUAAUCAUAGAAAUCUAACUAAUAUGAUUUUCUUUUCUUGAAAAUUGUGCUGUAAUAUUUUACUCAGGUAUUUAGUAUAAGGCAUGUAUGAAAAAGAUGUAAAGAUCCUAAAGAUGUAAAGAUCCUAAAUGAGGAAAUAAAUAAAUUUGAUGGUUGGCCUCUUA